UACCAGUCUGUACUGGUUCUUACCGGUCCAUACCGGUCCAUACUGGUUUGUGCUGGCACAGGGGGCCUGUGCAUCGCCCAGUCCAUCAAGAUCCCGCGGGAGCCGCGCCCGGGCGAGUUCGCGAAGGUCAUCGGGCGCCUGAUGGAGACGUCGACGGCGCGGGGGGUGGUGCUGUUCGCUAACGAGGACGACAUCCGGCGGGUGCUGGAGGCGGCCACCUUGGCCAACCUGUCGGGCCACUUCUCCUGGGUGGGCUCGGACAGCUGGGGGGCCAAGAUGGCCCCGGUGCAGGGGCUGGAGGAGGCGGCUCACGGGGCCAUCACCAUCCUGCCCAAAAGGGCCUCGGUGCCAGGGUUUGACGAGUAUUUCACGUCCCGGUCCUUGGAGAACAACCGGCGCAACCUCUGGUUCCACGAGUUCUGGGAGGACGAUUUCAACUGUCGCCUCCCCCACGGGGGGGGCGAUGGGGAUGGCCCAGGCGGGGCCGGGACCCCCGUGCGCAAGUGCACAGGCCGGGAGCGGAUCGGCCGGGACUCGCCCUACGAGCAGGAGGGGAAGGUGCAGUUCGUGAUCGACGCCGUCCUGGCCAUGGCCCACGGGCUGCACUCGCUGCUGGGCGAGGCCUGCCCGGGCGGGGGGCUCUGCCCCAGCAUGGACCCCCCCGAUGGCCGCCAGCUGCUCGCUCACAUCCGCAGGGUGGCCUUCAACGGCAGCGCGGGCACCCCGGUGUCCUUCAACGAGAAUGGGGACGCCCCGGGACGUUACGACAUCUUCCAGUUCCAGGGGGGCAACGGCACCGGCGCCUACAGGGCCGUGGGGCAGUGGGUGCAGGGGCUGCGCCUGCAGGAGGAUGCCAUGGCAUGGGGGUCCAACUCCACGUCGCCGCCCCCCUCGGUGUGCAGCCUGCCCUGCGGCCCCGGCGAGCGCAAGAAGCCGGUGAAGGGGGUGCCGUGCUGCUGGCACUGCGAGCUCUGCGGGGGGUACCAGUACCGCGCCGACCCCCUGACCUGCCUGCCCUGCGCCUCCCACCUGCGGCCCACGCCCGACCGCACGGCCUGCCGGCCCACGCCGGUGCUGCGCCUGAGCUGGGGCGACCCCUGCGCCGCCGUGCCGGUGGCCCUGGCCACGCUGGGGCUCAUGGCCACGGCCUUCGUGCUGGCCACCUUCGUGCGCCACCACGACACGCCCAUCGUGAAGGCGUCGGGCCGCGAGCUCAGCUACGUCCUGCUGGCGGGCAUCGCCCUGGUCUACGCCAUCACCUUCCUCAUGGUGGCCGAGCCCGGCGUGGGCGUCUGCGCCCUGCGCCGCCUCUUCCUGGGGCUCGGCAUGAGCCUCACCUACGCCGCCCUGCUCACCAAGACCAACCGCAUCUACCGCAUCUUUGAGCAGGGUAAGCGCUCGGUGACGCCGCCGCGGUUCAUCAGCCCCACGUCCCAGCUGGUGAUCACCUUCACUCUCAGCGGCCUCCAGCUGGUGGCGGCGGCCACGUGGCUGCUGGUGCGGCCGCCCCACGCCCUCAUCGACUACGAGAUGGGCCGGACCCCCGACCCCGAGGCGGCGCGGGGGGUCCUGCGGUGCGACAUGGCCGAGGGGGCCACGCUGGCCUGCCUGGCCUACGCGCUGCUGCUCAUGCUCACCUGCACCGUGUACGCCGUCAAGGCCCGCGGUGUCCCCGAGACCUUCAACGAGGCCAAGCCCAUCGGCUUCGCCAUGUACACCACGUGCGUGGUGUGGCUCGCCUUCGGGCCCAUCUUCUUCGGGGCCGCCCAGUCCGCUGACAGGGUCCACGUGCAGAUGGCCACGCUGACGGUGUCCAUGAGCCUCUCGGCCUCGGUGCCCCUGGGGCUCCUUUACGCCCCCAAGGUCUACGUCAUCCUCCUGCACCCCGAGCGGAACCAGCCCAAGCGGCGUGGGGACCCCCCCCCGUAGGGACCCCCGCACGGGGGGGGAACUCCCUGCACCCCCAGACCCCCCUCA